CAGUCAAACUGUGAACACACGGUGUGUGUAGUAGACAGGAUGGAUGGGAAAGUCAAGAAGCAGAAGCAGCAUCAGCAGAAGCACAGCGGCCCAAAGGCAGAGAAGAAGAAGCUGAAGAAACAAAAUGGCUCAACAGAGGAGGAUGAACGCAAACGCAACCCCAAAGCAUUUGCAGUUCAGUCUGCGGUCCGCAUGGCCAAAACCUUCCACAGGGCCCAGGACAUAAAAACCAAAAAACACCACGUGCCUGUUGUAGACCGGACUCCCCUGGAACCGCCUCCAAUUGUGAUUGUCGUUGUCGGCCCCCCUAAGGUCGGGAAAAGCACCCUGAUCCGCUGCCUGAUCAAAAACUUCACCCGGCAGAAGCUCACAGACAUAUGUGGACCUGUAACUAUCGUUUCUGGCAAGAAGCGUCGGCUGACUUUCAUGGAGUGUAACAAUGACAUAAACUCAAUGAUCGACCUGGCAAAGGUGGCUGACCUGGUUUUGAUGCUGAUUGAUGCCAGCUUUGGCUUUGAGAUGGAGACAUUUGAGUUUCUCAAUAUCUGUCAAGUCCACGGUUUCCCUCGUAUCAUGGGUGUGCUGACUCAUCUGGAUGCAUUCAAGAACAACAAGACUCUGAGAAAGACAAAGAAAAACCUCAAACAUCGAUUCUGGACUGAGGUGUACCAGGGGGCCAAACUGUUUUAUCUGUCUGGCAUGGUGUACGGUGAGUAUCAGAACCAGGAGGUGAAGAACCUCGGCCGCUUCAUCUCCGUGAUGAAGUUUCGUCCUCUGGUGUGGCAGACAUCCCAUCCCUACAUCCUGGCUGACCGCAUUGAGGACUUGACCGACCCCGAGAGGCUCAGAACAGACCCCAAGUGUGAUCGGACUGUGUCCCUGUAUGGCUACCUCAGAGGGACACAUUUGAAAAACAAAGGCCAGGUCCAUAUACCAGGUGUGGGAGACUUCCAGAUGUCAGAGGUCAACUUCCUGCCAGACCCGUGUCCACUGCCCGAUACUCAGAAGAAGAGGGCCUUGAAUGAGAAGGAGCGUCUGCUCUACGCACCCAUGGCCGGGGUCGGAGGGGUCGUGUAUGACAAAGAUGCCGUCUACAUCGACCUCCCAGCCAACCACGUCAAACAGCUGCAGGAGGAAGUGCGGCCCACCACAGAGCUGGUCCAGUCCCUCAUAGAAACACAUGUCACUCUAGACGCCAAGAUGGCUGCCAGUAAGGUCUCGCUCUUCAGUGGCUCUGCUGGCCUGGACCCCACAGACGUCAGCGAGCAGAGUGGAGUGCAGGACGGCCUGCGAGAGAUGCAUGUCUGGGAUCCACACACACAAACACGGAGGAGGAAGGUGGUCUUCACUGGGUUCGAGGAGGAGGAGGAUGACGACACGACCUUAGAUUUAGUUUAUCUUCAAUUUUCUGCUAAAAAACAAAGUGUUUUCCUUCCUGGUUGUGAUCCGUCUGUAGGGGCGUUCAAGUGGAAGGACGGCCUGCAGCAGAAAGCAUCAGCAGCUUUUCUACGGCAUCAGGAAGCUGCCCCCAACCUGAGGAAGCUGGUUUAUGGUUCAGUGGUGGAGGCGGAAGAUUCUGAGGAGGAGGAAGAGGCGGAGCUUGGCGGACUGUUUCGAGUUAAUCGCCCUCAGAAAAGCAAAAAAGUUCAGGCCAACGCUUUAGACUGCUCCCAUUUCAACCCCGACAUUUCCCACAAUUGGGAAUUAGAAGAGAUGUUGAACUCGAUCAGGGAUUGUUUUGUGACGGGUCAGUGGGAGGAAGGCCAGGAUGCUGCAACGCUGCUCAAAGAGGACGAGGAGCUCUACGGUGACUUUGAAGAUUUGGAAACGGGAAAAGUUCACAAAGGCACAACUGGGGAGCAGGAUCAGGCCGAGAAAAGUGAAAGUGAUGAAGAUGAAACUGACGAUGAAGACCAGCAGGUGAAGAUGGAUGAUGAUGAGGUGAUGAAGAACAAGCGCCUUGAAAAGAAACGCAGACUGAAGGAGCGCUUCAACACAGAGUACGACGAUGGCGACGCCACGUACUUCGACGACCUGAAGGAGGAGAUGCAGAAGCAGGCGGAGCUGAACAGAGCCGAGUUUGAAGACAUGGACGAUGAGUCGAGAGUGCAGUACGAAGGCUUCCGGCCAGGAAUGUACGUCCGAUUAGAGAUUUCCUCCUUACCAUGUGAGUUUGUAACGAACUUUGACCCACAUUACCCCGUCAUCAUCGGAGGCCUGGGAACCAGUGAAGGCAAUGUGGGAUACCUGCAGAUGCGACUGAAAAAGCACCGCUGGUAUGAGCGGAUCCUGAAGACACGGGACCCCCUGAUCCUGUCCUUGGGUUGGCGCCGCUUCCAGACCAUCCCUCUCUAUCAUAUUGAGGAUCACAGUCCCAUCACUCCACAGGGCACCGGCUUUCUGGCUGUUCAGUCAGUAUCAGGAGUUAAAGCGAAUUUCCGCAUCGCAGCCACAGGAGUCGUCCUGGACCUGGAUAAAUCAGUCACUAUUGUGAAGAAGCUCAAACUAAUUGGUUACCCUUAUAAGAUCUUCCAAAACACCUGCUUCAUUAAGGGCAUGUUUAACACAGUGCUGGAGGUGGCUAAAUUUGAAGGUGCUUCUAUACGAACAGUGUCGGGGGUCAGAGGUCAGAUAAAGAAGGCGCUGUCGACUCCUGCGGGAGCUUUCAGAGCCACGUUUGAGGACCGCCUGCUUAUGAGUGAUAUUGUGUUCCUGCGCUCCUGGUAUCCACUCAGUAUUCCUCAGCUUUACAACCCUGUUACCUCACUGCUGCUGCCUGUGGGCCAGAAGGACAGCUGGUCGGGCAUGAGGACCGUGGGGCAGCUCAAACAUGACCUGGGAGUCCGUAACAAGCCCAGCAUUGACUCGCUGUACAAGCCAAUAACCCGAGCCCCAAGGCACUUCAACCCACUCCACAUCCCCAGGGAGCUCCAGAAGGCCCUCCCCUUUAAAAGCAAACCCAAACUACUGCAACCCAAAGGAAAGGUGCCCAGAGACCUCAAGAGAGCCAGUGUGAUACGCGAGCCCCAUGAAAGGAAGGUGGCGGAGCUGCUGCGAGCUCUGAGCACAGUGCAUCACUACAAGAAGAAGGAGGCCCAGAGAGCACAUCACGCCAAACAUAAAGAGUUCCUCCAGCAAAAGGAGAAAGACGAAGAAGCCAAGAUGAAGAGAAUGAAAGACGCACGAAAAAAACUGUACCGCGUCAUGGGCCAGAAGGAUCAGAAGAAGCAGAGGUCGAGUCUAAAGGGGACGCCACAAGAUGACUGAUGUUUAGAGCCACGAGGACCUGAUCCCAUCCCUGCAGACUCGAACUGAUCUUUGCUUAAAUUAAAGUUGUAUUUUUCUACUGUGGUCAUUGAAAAGCCAAAUGUGCAGCUCAGUCAUUCUCUCUGCAGGACACACAGUAACUUAACUAAUGAUCAUUUCAACAAUAAGCUCUUUGUUUUUCUUAUUGCUUCUCUUCAAAGUUUGGCAGAUCAGAUGUGCAUUACUUCAGAAAUUAUACAAGAACAAUAUCUUAAAUGUCUUUUUCUGGGGUUGUUACAGUGAAAUAAAUAAACUCACAGCUGAAUUUACGUUUGAAAUGUUGAAUUUGAGUAAAACCCGACGCUCCAUAGUGCCACACUAUGUUUAAAGACUUUGGGCGUGAAUUUGAAAUGCAGCACGUCUGCCUAUCAGCUGAAAAUAUUAAAGCCAGAACUUAUUUACAGCAUCGAUGUUGGGCCUGCUCCAAAAUUUGAACACGUGUUUCGUCUUCUUGAGUCAUUAAUCAUAAAUUUCUUAAUUUGUAGAGGCACAAAAAUGUAAACUGUCUGCUUGAUUAUCAGUCCAGCUCUACUCAUCAUUUAUUUUCUGUUUGUGCUACUUUUGAAGGAACAUUUGGCUUGUUUAUAAUUUGCAAGAGGAGAUGUGUUUGUGUUUACAUCCAUCUAAGAGUGCAGGAGAGGCAGCAGGUCACUGUGUGUCCAAAGACUCUUUACAAUUUUACACUGAGAAACAUUCUUAAAAUAUUUGACCCGUAUGAAGUAGUGUCUCUUUCAACUGUUUAAAUAAGUCAUGUGCCACAUCGUUCACUUGUGAAUCACAACAUUUAGGAGAACAUGGCCCAUUCAUAACAACCUGGGAGGUUGAGCUUAAAAUUAUUAACCAAUUAAAACAAAGAAAACACAACGUGGUGCACAAACUCUUGUCACAGAGCACAUGGUGUGCAUGAUUGUGUUGGCAUUAAUAAAUA